GCCGCGGCUUUGGAAGUCACCCAGUCUCCGCGGGACCCCGGAGAUCGGGGAGAUCGGGGUGGGAGCUCGACCCCGAGGGAUCACCAUGAUCCGAUUCAUCCUCAUCCAAAACCGAGCAGGCAAGACCCGCCUGGCCAAGUGGUACAUGCAGUUUGAUGAUGAUGAGAAGCAGAAGCUGAUUGAGGAGGUCCACGCUGUCGUCACGGUCCGGGAUGCCAAGCACACCAAUUUUGUGGAGUUCCGCAACUUCAAGAUCAUUUAUUGCCGUUACGCGGGCCUCUACUUCUGCAUCUGUGUGGACGUCAAUGACAACAACCUGGCGUACCUGGAAGCCAUUCACAACUUCGUGGAGGUCUUAAAUGAAUAUUUCCACAAUGUCUGUGAACUGGACCUCGUCGUCAACUUCUACAAGGUUUAUACGGUGGUGGAUGAGAUGUUCCUGGCCGGGGAGAUCCGAGAGACGAGCCAGACAAAGGUGCUCAAACAGCUCUUGAUGCUGCAGUCCCUGGAGUGAGGGGCCCAGGCGGUCCCCAGCUGGACAACCCCCUUCCCCCCCCAGCCCUGCCCCUGCCCCA